AACGAAACACUUAAAGAUGGAGGCUAAAAUGGUCAUUUGGAAAAAGAAAAAAAAAAGAAAAAAAGAGGUCUUCUUUUUAAUCUGUCCCUUGGUGUUGUGGUUUUGUUCCCUUUUCUGUGACUCUCGUACAAAAAUUGUUCUCUCUCUCCCCCACUUCUUCUUUUGUGUCUGCCAAAAACCAGUGUAUGCUUUCACCAAACGAAAUUAGAAGUUAGAACAGAGCAUGUUGAUGGAAUGGAAAUGACCGUUGUUUUGUUUCUGUGAAGUGACAACCACCCAGCUUCCCAGAUACUAGGGUGGAAGACAAUAAUGGUUCAUCAGGAUGAAGGGUGGCCUUUGGGAUUGCGACCACUGAAUGCAAGAGUUGGGUUGAUCAGAAGCCGGGAUUUCUCUGCUGGGUCGGUUUCAUUCAGCACUUUGGUCAGUGGCUCUCCCACCUUUUCCAUUGCCGCUUCUUCUUCUUCUUCUUCCUUAGAUCUUGAUACAGAGUCAACUGGGUCUUUCUUCCAUGACAAGAGCAUCACUCUAGGGCGCCUCAUUGGUGUUUCUGGCAUUAUAGGCCUCUCACGAAGAUCAACAAGGAGAGGGGCAGUUGAAACCUUCAAAGGCAAAAAGAACCACAAAUCCAAAACUUGGUUGUUUUCACUCUGCUCCAAGCUAACCAGCGACUCUGUGAAUGAGAGUAAUAACACUCCAUCCUUAGGUCACUUUCUUGAAGCAGAAAGGAGAGCAAGUAAUAACAACAUUAACAGAAGAAAUCACGGUGGACCAAAUGAAUACGGGACUGACAAUUUCUCACCGGCUGUGCCGGUUUCGGACCCCAACAGGCUAUUCGUAGACAGCCUAGUAGCAGCUGGACAGCCAAGUUCUUCAGAGAGAGCAGAUGGUGGAGCAAGAUCCAACAGGGAGCUAUUAGAAUAUGGCAAUGGAUUUGGAACUCCAUUAGUGUCUUCAUGUUUGUGUGGACAACUCGUGAAAUGAUUGACCCCUCAUUGGAAUUUAUAUUUAGUGAGCUCUGGAUUUAUUGUUCAUAAUAUUAAAAAUUCAGCUUGCAAAUUGUUUCAAGAGAAGAGUGUCAGGCUAGUGGUAUGUAACUCAUUAAUGGAGCCUAAGGGAAGGAGGUUUUUUAUACAA